GGGAAGCUUUAGUUACCAGAUGAUUGCAUUUAACCUGACUUACCUCUGACUCUCUGGAUUCUUCUCUCAACUGUCCAGCGGUUUUUUUUAUGCUGCCUUCUUGGCUGACACGUGAAAGAUUUUUUUAAACAACCCUUUCUCUUUGUUCGCGGUACUGUAGCAAAUUACGUUUAAUCUCAUUAAUUUUUAAAAAAAAAAAUUGGCUUCUUUCUCUGUCAGGCGCAGGUCAUGAAUUUCAUUGGCUUUGAUCAACGUGUCUGUCCGUGGUGCUGAAAAUUACUUGGCCUCCUGAUUGGAGCUAUGCUAUGUAAUUUUGAUAAGAUGGGAAUUAUGAUUGUUACUUAUAUUUAAAACAACACUAUAAAUACGAUUUAAGUACAUGUAUAAAAGGAUAAAGGAUAAAAUUUCGGUUCCAUAUAGUUGGAUUCUAAAAAUCAAUAGCACCGGACCUUUGAAAUACUUUUGUGUAGCACAACACUUUAGACAGGAGAUUUAACGUAGAUUUUUUUGCGCUCUCGACGAACGUGCAGAUCUCGAAAAAUAUCUGAAAACUGAAAACCGUACCAAAAGAGAAGAACUACUGGAAGAAAGAGGAGGAAUAUUCUGUAUCCGGGCAUCUUGUUUGGAUUUUCCGCCUGGAUAGUCGUUCCAGCUCUGAAACCGCACUUCAAGUAAAAGUUGGCAGAAUACAAAUGGUAAAUUAAAAUAAAACAGACGCCACUGUAUUGUACUUAAUGGCAAUGGAGGCGUCCAGCAACGGGUCUAGUUUUGGAAUUGACUCUUUACUGUCUCAUAGACCUGGAAGUCCGAUAAAUUCGAAAGGAGACAGUUUGAUGGGCGAAUGCAGAUCUCCUCUGGAGUUAAGCCCGAGGUCGGACCUGGAAAGCGGCUGCUCGUCUCCCCCUUCUCCACGGCGGGAUUGCGUCGAAGAUGCGGUGCAGAGACAAGGUCAUGCUCUCGGACUGGAGUCCCAUCUACAGCACGGGCAGAUUUCCGCCGGUUCUCAGCCUCGGACAGUCACUUCGUCCUUCCUCAUUCGAGACAUUCUUGCGGACUGCAAACCGCUCGCUGCCUGUGCCCCAUACUCAAGUAAUGGACAGCCAACUCAGGAGACUGAGAGACUUGCCUCUAAAAUGUCAGACGAUUUUAUAGACAAAAUCCACAGCAAUUCAUCUUCGGACAGCGAAUAUAAGGUGAAAGAGGAGGGAGACAGGGAGAUUUCGAGCAGUAGGGACAGCCCGCCAGUUCGGCUCAAGAAGCCCCGAAAGGCGCGGACGGCGUUCACGGACCAUCAACUAGCCCAGCUGGAGCGCAGCUUUGAACGACAGAAGUACCUGAGUGUGCAAGACAGGAUGGAACUGGCGGCGUCGCUGAGCCUUACCGACACCCAGGUCAAAACAUGGUACCAGAACAGGAGGACAAAGUGGAAGAGGCAGACCGCAGUUGGACUGGAACUUCUUGCCGAAGCCGGAAAUUACUCUGCCUUGCAAAGAAUGUUUCCUUCACCGUAUUUCUAUCCACAAAACCUGGUUUCCAAUCUGGACCCUGGAGCAGCCUUGUAUCUGUACAGGGGACCCUCCGCGCCACCACCGCCAUUGCAACGACCCCUGGUCCCACGGAUCCUUCUCCACGGAUUGCAAGGAGGAAACGAGCCGCCGCCUAUGUCAUCUCUGUCCGGCGUGCUACCUCGGGCGACGCAGCAACGGUGAGCCGCACCUCCAGAUUCAGAGCCAGACAACGCCAACCUCCACACGAGCGAAACGGAGCAUUUUAAUGAGAGUGACCAGUAAAUACUGUUUUAUUUAAAAUGAACUGGGAUCUUCAGUAUAUGAACUCUUGUUUGAUUCUAACACGAAUAAAAGGCCACUGUUAUUUAUUUAUUUAUUUAUAUAUUUAUAUAUCGAACAGUUUUCCUCGCUAGAGGAACUGUCAGAAUGAACUAGAGAUGUUUCACAUGAUUUCUUUAUGUCUCUCCGGGAGAAUUGCAGAAGAGCUAUUCGAUUUCCUGUAUGGUUUCUCAAGAUAUUACUUCCAGGAAACGAAGUUUAUUACGUGACAGCAGCACUUGUCAAAUUCGAAUCAUGCAUCAGACCCUGUUUAUAUGUGGAACGUACGGAAAGUGAACAUGACUUAUGGAAAAAAUAAAAAAAAGUUUUUUUUUUCGUAUGAAAAGCCAUUAAUUCUGCCCAAGAAUGGAUUCAUAUGAUGAAACUUGUAUGGACUGUUUAUGUACAGUAAACACAUAAUGCACUGUAAAUAAAGUAUUCAUCUAUUCAAAGAAACGUCAUGAUUUUAAGUAGCAUUUUGAGUAAUGCAUUUUCUUUCAUUCAGACCAUUGACUGAAAGUGACACGCAAUGGCCAUGACUAAUCGUAUAGACACGGUAAUUUCAUUGGACUGUUUUCAAACUGUAUUCUACCUACAUAAUAAACUUGCAAUGGUGUCAGCAA